AUGACUACAAAAACCACCGGCUCUGGCCAGAAACGUAUGAAGCAAUCGAGCUUGCUAUCAUUCUUCUCCAAACAACCUCAUAGCCCCAGCCCGGCUGCAAGAAAGCCAGUAAGGAAACUAAAGAAUGGUACGGAAACUCUGCCGAAUGGAUUUUCUAAAGAACUAAAAAAACCUGCGAAUAAGCUGCUUUUUGUUGGGAUGGAUGAGGACGAAUCGGAUGCUUCAGGGUUUGUGACAGCCAAUGAUAGUAUCAAUGUCCCAGAUGUGGUUCAAAAACUAGCAGAAGAAAAAGCUGAAGCAGAGAAGAGCUCCAGUAUUUCAAAGCAGCACGAUCUAGAGGAAGAUGGCGAAAAGACGCUUUCGAAUGCAGACUCGCCAAAGAACAAAGGGGAUUCUAGCAUAGCUGCUGAAGGUGGCGAAAGCACUCUAUCGUCCAGCGGCCGAAGGAUGAAGGAAAACGUCAGUUAUGCGGAGGCCUCUGAUGAGAGCGACACGGAACAGACACCCAAUGUCCCAAGAAAGAGAAGAAGAAUGCAAACUGAGGUUGUUGAUGACGAAGACGAGUACGUGCCUGACAAGAAAGAAAGCGAAGACGAUGUGGUGAUGGAUGAUGACGACGAUGAUGGUGAUCUUUUGGAGUUGGCAGAGACCUCUUCGCCCAAGGUUGUAAAAAGGGCAGCUAAACUCACACCCUCUCGGCUUCCUAGGAACCUGGUUAGUAGGUCAAAUGUGGAUAGAGUUUCAUCACCUCCGAAGCAUCAGAAAUUCAAUAAGCAGAACGAGGAGAGGUACCAUUGGUUGGUCGAACUGCGGGAUGCUUCCGGCCGUCCAGUGACUGAUCCGCAGUAUGAUCCUCGUACCCUUUACGUUCCGCAGUCCGCCUGGAGUAAAUUCACGCCCUUUGAGAAACAGUACUGGGAGAUCAAGUCUAAGAUGUGGGACUGUAUAGUAUUCUUCAAGAAGGGGAAAUUUUUCGAGCUAUAUGAGAAGGAUGCUAUACUGGGCAAUCAUCUGUUUGACCUUAAAAUUGCUGGUGGUGGGCGCGCUAAUAUGCAACUCGCAGGUAUUCCUGAGAUGUCUUUCGAUUAUUGGGCGUCUCAGUUUAUCCAGCACGGCUACAAAGUGGCCAAAGUGGACCAAAGAGAAUCAAUGCUGGCGAAGGAGAUGAGAGAAGGAUCGAAGGGAAUAGUGAAAAGAGAAUUGCAGUGCGUUUUAACUUCCGGCACGUUGACAGAGGGCAACAUGCUACAAUCUGAUUUAGCCACGUACUGUCUGGCAGUUCGGGAAGAGCCAGGCAACUUUUAUGCGAUGCAGGAAGAAAGCAAACCUAUAGCGGGAACUGCCAAGCGAUUGUUUGGUGUUUCAUUUAUUGAUGCCGCUACUGGUGAGCUAAAUAUGAUAGAAUUCGAGGACGAUGACGAAUGCACAAAAUUGGAUACCAUCAUGUCUCAAGUGAAUCCAAAAGAAGUCAUUAUGGAGAAAGACAACUUGAGUAACCUAGCUCAUAAAAUUGUCAAAUUCAAUGCCGCUCCGCAGGCUAUUUUCAACUACAUCAAACCAGACACAGAGUUCUAUGGAUAUGAGAGAACAUACGACGAACUAACAUCGUCAGAUUCGAAGUACUUUGCUGAUAUAACACAGUGGCCGGCGGUGUUGAGAAAGUACUACGAACAGGGAAAACGGAUAGGUUUCAGUGCCUUCGGUGGGCUCUUAUAUUAUCUCCAAUGGCUGAAACUGGAUGAAAGCCUUUUGACUAUGGGAAACAUGAAAGAAUACAAUCCUACUAGGUUCAAAAAUUCGUUGAUAAUGGAUGGCGUAACGUUGCAGAACUUGGAAAUAUUCAGCAAUUCUUUUGAUGGAACUGAUAAAGGAACUUUGUUUAAACUGUUCAAUAGGGCAAUAACACCAAUGGGUAAAAGAAUGAUGAAGAAUUGGCUCAUGCAUCCAUUGCUGCAGAAGGACAAAAUUAAUGAAAGACUGGAUACAGUCGAGGCUCUUUUAUCAGACAGCAAUUUAAGGGAUGUUUUGGAGACUGCUUUUGCAAAGCUUCCAGAUUUGGAAAGGCUUCUUUCGCGGGUUCAUUCAAGAAACCUCAAAGUUAAAGACUUCGAUAAGACAAUUCAAGGAUUUGAAACAAUCACUGAAUUAUUGGAGACCCUUUCAUCCCAUAAUCUCAACGGAUCAUUGCUUAACUACGUUUCUACUAUACCCAAAUCCUUAAUCGCUGACGUGCAGAGCUGGUCAAACGCUUUCGAUCGCACGAAGGCAGUGGAUGAAGGAGUUCUUAUCCCGCAAAGAGGAGUGGAACAAGAUUUCGAUGAAUCACUUGAUAAAAUACUACAGCUUGAGGAACAGUUGGAGGAUGUGCUGAACACAUACAAAAAACAGUUCAAAUGUUCAACAUUGCAAUAUAAAGAUUGCGGUAAGGAGAUUUACACUAUUGAAGUUCCUGUCUCGAUAGCAAACAAAAUACCUUCAAGCUGGGUGCAGAUGGCCGCAAAUAAAACAGCAAAGCGUUACUAUUCUGAUGAGGUAAGAGCUCUGGCACGAUCAGUGGCAGAAGCUCGUGAAUUACAUAAAGUACUGGAGGAACAAUUGAAAGACCGAUUAUGCAAAAAGUUUGACAUGCAUUAUGGAACCAGCUGGAUGCCAACAGUGCAAAUAAUUGCUAGUAUUGAUUGUUUACUAGCGCUAGUACGAACUUCAGAAUCUCUUGGCCAGCUCUCAUGUAGACCUCAAUUGGUGGAUGAGAUAGAUGGUAAAACAGGAGCACCGCUCAACGGCUUCCUCAAAUUCAAAUCUCUAAGACAUCCCUGCUUCAAUUUGGGGACGACUUCGGCAAAGGAUUUCAUCCCCAAUGAUGUUGAGUUGGGAAAAGAUUAUCCACAACUCGGACUUUUGACUGGUGCCAAUGCAGCAGGGAAGUCAACCGUUUUAAGAAUGACAUGUAUCGCCGUUAUUAUGGCUCAAAUGGGUUGCUACGUACCUUGUGAGUCUGCUAUAUUAACCCCAGUGGACCGAAUCAUGACACGGUUGGGUGCCAAUGAUAACAUCAUGCAAGGUAAGUCGACCUUUUUUGUUGAGCUUUCCGAGACCAAGAAGAUUUUGGAUCUCGCCACAAAUAGAUCAUUGUUGGUUGUAGACGAGCUGGGCCGAGGUGGUUCUUCAAGCGAUGGAUUUGCGAUUGCAGAGAGUGUUCUGCAUCAUGUAGCGACGCAUAUCCAAAGUUUGGGCUUUUUUGCAACUCAUUAUGCUUCUUUAGGGCAGUGUUUUACGGGCCAUCCACAAGUGAGGCCUCUUAAGAUGAGCAUUUUAGUUGAUGAGAAGGCUAAGAACGUUACAUUUUUGUACAAGCUAAUAGAGGGCCAAAGUGAGGGCUCUUUUGGUAUGCAUGUCGCUUCGAUGUGUGGAAUUUCUAAGGAGAUAGUGGAAAAUGCACAGAAAGCCGCGGAAAACAUGGAACAUACUUCUAAUCUUGUGAAGCAAAAGAUAGCCGCUUUAAAUAGUCACCAUGACAAUGUUACUUCAUUGUCAUUAGGAGUGGAGAGCGAUUUUGUACGCUUAGUAUUUGGUGACGGCUUGAAGAAUACGAGACUAGGUACCGGAGAGAACGUUCAAAUUUAUGACAACAAUAUAAAGCGCAAUGUCUUAACGAGCCUGUUCAGCAUUAUUGAAAGCCUUGACGGAUAA